CACACGGGGCCGCGCAUGCAGCUGGGAGACUGCAGGUACCGCCUGUCCCGUCACACGAUGCAGUAGUUUCUCUUCGUGUAGCAACACACUCGCUGGCUAGAACAACACUCGUCGCCAGGAUAAGACGUCGACUUGAGCGCGGCCUCUAUUUGAGCAACGCUUCUGAUAGGUUCUGCUGAUCACCACGUGACACAGCUGGCCCAGGCUGCGCCGAUUAGUGGGUGUGUCCUCCACUGUACCCGUCAUGCCCCCGGCUCUGACAGUGAUUGUGUAUGUUGUACACUGAUUAGUACGCUGUGUGUCAUACGCCGUCCGGGCACAGCAGGCGGGUGAGUGUCACUGUCAGCCUGUACACGGCAGUGCGGACAUUGUGUGCCCCCCCCCCAUAGCUGCGCUGUCCGCGGGUGAUCAGUACUGACUGCAUCGCAGACGAGAACGUGUAAUGACAUACUGAUGAUUUUCCUAUAUUGGAAGCAAUUUCUUAUGUUUUCAUUUUUGAAAGAAUUUGACACCAUUUUCCUGACAUGACUGGGCAGGAAUCUGAGAGAACAUCUGCCAGAAAAUGUAAACAGGCAAAAACCUACAGAACAAAAAAGUCCUUAAAGGAACCAAUGCAGUUUGAAGAUGUGGCCAUCUACUUCUCUGAGGAGGAAUGGAGCUGUUUAGAUGAAGAGCAGAAGAAUCUCUACAAGAAUGUUAUGCUAGAAAACUACCAUGCUCUCAGGUCACUUGGUUAUGUUAAUGGAAAGCCGAAGAUUGUCUCAAAAAUUCAACAUGGGGAGAAACCUUGUUUGCGAGUUCAAAAAAUGCAACCGAAGAAUCCUCAGUGUUUUGCUAAAGCUGAUCCUCUGGAAGAUCUGUAUUCAUUUCUGAAUAAAAUAGAAAACCAGACUAAAACUGUUAUGGAAAAUCACAAAUCCUCAGACAAAAUACAAAAGCUGAAUGAAUCAAGGACAAUCAAGGAAGAAAUGUUAUCUCCGUUAUUUACCAAGGCGUCUAUAUAUAAUCUAAGAAGGCGUGUAAAGAUAAAGUACACAACUGAUUCUGACGAUGAAGAGAAGCCAUUUGAAAACCUACAUCAGAAUUUUCCCACCUAUAGAAAACCUGAUGAUCUAUUAGCCAAAGCCACUAAAGUUUGCAAACGCAAUACGAGAGCUCAUCCAGGAGAGACUUCCCAUAGUUGCAAUGAAUGUGGUAAAAACUUUGUUUCCCCCUCAUAUUUAAUCAAUCACCAGAAGUUCCACACAGGAGAAUCUCCUUAUGAAUGCUCUGAAUGUGGGAAGUGUUUCAAAAAGAACUGUCUUCUAAGCAGACAUAAGAUUAUACAUACAGGGGAGAAGCCCUAUGCCUGUAGUGAGUGCAAAAAAUGUUUUACGCACAGCUCUAGUUUAAUGAAACACCAGCGAAUCCACACAGGAGAAAAACCAUAUAAAUGUGCAGAAUGUGGGAAGAGAUUUAGCAUCACCACUUAUCUUAUUGUACAUCAGAGAACUCACACAGGAGAAAGACCCUACAUGUGCAAUGAGUGUGGAAAGACCUUUACGCAAAGCUCAGCCCUGGUUAUUCACCAGCGAUCACAUACAGGAGAAAAACCGUACAUAUGUGCAGAGUGUGGCAAAGGUUUCAACCAUGGGUCGCACCUAGUCACGCACCGAAGAUUUCACACUGGUGAGAGGCCAUAUGCCUGCAAAGACUGCGGCAAGACAUUUAAGCACAGCUCCUACCUUAUAGUGCAUGGGAGAUCUCAUACAGGAGAGAGACCAUACACCUGUAAUGAUUGUGGAAGAAAGUUUGCACAAAGUUCCCAACUUGCAACACACAAAAAAAUCUCACAUGGUUAAAACGAUUAUGUACAUUGUAUUGUAGCAACAUUUUUACAAUAUUUGAAUACUACAUGUGAGUUUUUAUAUUGUGUUUCAGUUCCCAGCAAAUAUUUACAAGCCAGUACAACUUCACAUUUAAGCUUAUUCUAAGAAAAUAUAAUAAAUAUCCAACCAGUU